CGCGCGCUGUAAUUAGCAUCUCAUUAGCAUGUGAGGCGGGAAGGCGGAAGCGGCGGCAUGGGGGGGUGCGGGGCCCCGCUGCGCCUGGCCCUGGAGGGGAACAUCGCCGUGGGGAAAUCGACCUUCCUGAAGCUGCUGGGCGCCGCCUUCCCGCGGUGGCACCUGGUGCCAGAGCCGGUGGCACAGUGGCGCCAGGUGCCCACCGCUGGCACUGCCCAGGUGCCCGGGGGCUGUGCCAACCUGCUGCAGCUGAUGUACCAGGAGCCCUCCCGCUGGUCCUACACCUUCCAGACCUUCUCGUGCCUCAGCCGCCUCCGGGCCGCGCUGGAGGCGCCGGGCGAGGCCGGGGGCACCCCCGGGAGCCCCGUCAGGGUCCUGGAGCGCUCCGUGUUCAGUGACAGGUACGUGUUUGCCAAGCAGCUGUUCGAGGCGGGGCACCUGCAGCCGCUGGAGUGGGCGCUGUACCAGCAGUGGCACGACGUCCUGCUGGCACACCUGGGGCACCGCGCCGCCCCCCACGCCUUCCUCUACCUGCGCGCCUCGCCACAGAGGUGCCUGGAGCGGCUGCGGCGGCGGGCGAGGAGCGAGGAGCGCGGGGUGCAGCUGGGCUACCUGAGCCGGCUGCAUGGCCAGCACGAGCUCUGGCUGCUGGCCAGGGCCACCGAGGUCGGCUUUGCGGCGGCGCGGCGCGCGCCCGUCCUGCUGCUGGACGCCGAGCAGGACUUCGAGCACGACGCGGCGCGGCAGGGCCGGCUGCUGGCACAGGUGGAGGCUUUUGUGACAUCCCUGAGUGCCCGUCCUGUGCCACCCCAUCCCCACACCCCUGGCACCGGGCAAGGGGCGGCGUCUGCAUGAGCCCCCGAGGAGAGGGGACAGGACCCCAAGGAGAGGGGACACCAUCCUGAUGCCAUGGGACACAACCCCAAGGAGAGGGGACACGAUCCCAAGGACAAGGGACACGAUCUUGAGGAGAGAGGACAUGACCCCGAGGAGAUGGGACACGAUCCUGGAUCCUGAGGAGAGGGGACACAAUCCCAGGGACAGGGGACACCACCCCGAGGACAAGGGGACAUGAUCCUAAAGACAAGGGACAUGAUCCCAAGGACAAGGGACACACAAUCCCAAGGACAGGGGACACGGGGACACCAUCCCAAGGAGAGGGGACACGUCCUGGUCCCCGCUGUCCCCCAGCCCUAUCCUGGCCAGGCUGGAUCCUGGGAGCCCUGUGUGGUUUUGGGGUCGGGGGCUCCCCGUGCCCAGUCCUUGCUGUGGCCCCUGCCCGUUUUUAGGGGGGAUUUUCUGUGGAGUUCCUGUGGAAAACCCCGGUGGAAAUUCCCCCCAAGCCCCAUCUUUGUAAUUUUUUAUUUCGUUUUUUUCCCCUUAAUUUAAGAUGGAAUCACUGAGGA